AUGGGUGUCACUCGCCGUUCCGAUUUACUUCGCCCGAUCAAAGUCGACGAAGACGAGGAAGGCGUGGUCGACAGAUUUAAUUACGCCGAUUUUGACUUCUCGGAAAGUGGCGACGAGUUGUCUGACAAUGUGCGAGAUCUCACACAUUCAAUGGAAUUUCCUGCUUCUCGUUCAAGAAAAAAUAAGGAGCGAAGAGCCGAACGCAAGAUGCGUCGUUUUUUGGAUGUUGAAAGUACUGGGGUAGUUGUGAAGAGCUCCAUGGGAUCGAGAAGACAGCGACGCCUUGAAAGUGUCCGCAUUCUAAUGAGUUUUGCGGAUAAGGAUGACAUUUGUACAGACUUCUCUGAUCUUGUUCCACAUACUGUCAGUGCAUUCGAAAGACUGUUCUUAGAUGAGAAGAGCAUGCAGAUGUGGAACGACUUUAUCGAACGUGAUGAGGAAGAGCAGCGGCAGAUUCUCGAGGAAGGGGAGUUAAAAUCCAGCGAUGGAUGCGGGUGGUUCGUCGUUGGUGGAAAGCCGGGGACUUCAAAAUCGCCGAAAUCCUUGGACGUGGAUGGUCGAAAACAUCAUCCUGCCUACUAUGGCAAAGCUUGUUUCGACCGUAUGAGCAGCCGGAGUAAACGACUACUUUCCGAAAAACGCCUGCCUUGGGGCUUCAUCGAUCAACUCGAAGGUGAGCUGUUGUCAUUCUUCUGCUCCACCUCUCCCGAUUCUGGCAAGGAUGAUGCCGUUUAUGUUGGCGUUUUUGAGAACUCUCUGGAAAGAGCACUAGCACAUGCCGUGGCGCAGUUUCUCAUGUUGAAAUCAAAAAGCAUAUCAGUGCGAGGAAGCGGAGAACGUCUUACCGAAUUCCGAAAUCCUCGAGCCUUCUACAUUCCGCCUCACGUUCGCCUCGUACCAUACCUGUCUUCAAUUCGCUCGGAACCUAUAGAAGUACCUCAGCACUCCAAGUUAAAGGACAACUCCUCUGAUAGAGAGCAGAGUGCAGAUUCUUCCUUCAGUGAAGUCGAUCCAGAGAACAUUGAUUUGUAA